CGGCGCGCUCUAAUAUUCUCUUCCCGUAAACGCCAGACACUCCAUACGGCCGCAAAACCCUACGGAGAUCCGAUUAUUUUUUCGCAUUAUUAUAUUUUUUUUGUGCAUCUCCCUUCGAAAGGGCGGCGAGUUUACGGAAAAAUUGGUAUUUUCGGUCAUUAAGAGCGAAUAGGGUGAGAAUAACGAGUCCUCCGUAAAAUUAGAGUUGUUUUUUAGUAUACAAUUCGUCUAUAAAACGCCUGACAGUAGCGACAGUUGAGCGAAUCAAAUGGAAUGUCUCGCGUAAAAAAUGGCAUUUUCAAGCUGUUCGAGCCGAAGAAGAGAAACAAGGAAUUCUCGACGAAGAAACUGCUGGGGUAUUCCUGCGAGGAGCUCUACUCGGUGGUGGCCGACGUGAAACACUACGAUAAAUUCCUGCCGUUUUGCAAGAAAUCCACCGUGCUGGCCCAACCGCCGGGGAAAAUCGUGGCGAAUUUGGAAAUCGGUUUCCCGCCGGUAUCGGACAACUACACCUCCACGGUGUUCCUGAGCGAGCCGCACCUGGUGCAGGCCAUCUCCUGCGACGGGCGGCUGUUCGACUACCUGGAGUCCUGCUGGUGCAUCAACCGCGGCUUGAAGAGCAACCCGCAGUCCUGCAUCGUCGACUAUUCGAUCAAGUUCAGUUUCAAGUCGGUUUUCUACUCGCGCUUGGCAGGUUUGUUCUUCGACAGCAUCGUCUGGCAGAUGCAGGAGGCUUUUCUCGACGAGGUCGGCAGGAGGUACGGUAAACCCUCUAUAGACACCAAGGAGCUAAAGUUGCUCAACUUCGAUAAGUAAUUUUUUUUA